AAUGGAGAAAUUUCUGGGUAAGUGGGUUAGUGUAUCCGCAGAGAAUAUAGAUGGCUUUAUGAAGGAGAUGAACGUCAAUUACUUCCUUCGUAAAAUAGCAGCUUAUACAACAACCUAUUUUGAAAUUCUCGAGAAAGGUAAUGGUUAUGUACUACGUUGGAGAGUUGCUAUUUUGAGCGGCUCUCAAGCAUUUCCUAUGAAUGAAGAGUUUACUCAUGGUCUUCCAGAUGGACGAACUGUUGUGAGUCUAGUGACUAUAGAGGAUGGUGUGUGGAUAUGGAAACAAUUUGGUAAACCUCAUGACGCAACGUUUAGAAGAUGUAUCAAAGACGAUGAUACAAUGAUUGAGAAGCCAAUGGGGUUGUAUGCUCAAAAACCUACGUCAGACGAAGAUGAAGAGCUUUCAGUUUUGACAUUAUUUAAUCAAUUAAUGUUUUCAUAUUGUGUAAGUAUGAUUCUAAGGAAAGCCGGCGCUCUGGCAACAACCUAUAUGGAUAUAUCCAUGGAUGGUGAUACAUUCUCACUUAAAUGGAAGAUUGCAUUCAAAGGUGGUACUACAGUAUAUAAAAUGGAUACCGAAUUUGACGAUACUUCUCCUGACGGUAGGAAGAUUAAGAGUCGCGUUGGUUACAAGGAUGGUAUCUGGACUUGGUUACAAAUUGGUAAACCACACGAUUGCGAUAUAAAAAGAUGGAUAGGAGAAGACGGUAAUAUGAUAGAAACGGCAGAAGCUAAUGGAGUGAAAUGUACAAAGAUUUUCGUUCGUGAUGAGUAA